AUAAUUCAAACAAUGCGAGGGGCUUCGCAUAACUUGAAUUUUAUGAAAACAUUUAAAAAAGAAGAAAUUGACACUUGGGGGAAAAGGGAGCAAAGACCCACCCGGGUUAUAUUAGAUUCUGCGUUAUAAUGGAGCACGUUAUAUUGAAUUUACAGUGUGCUUACAAAGAAAUGGGAAAUGCUGCGACAGAACGGAAGCCCUUGUUAUCGAAGUCGUCUGUAGGAGCAACCGGGCCACCCCAUGAUAGAUAUACUAGUGCGCUUGCAAGUGAAUACCAUCAAGUGAAAGAGAAACUAAUAACGAACAGAAAUAGACACAAUUCAAUAUCAAGUAAUAUCUCAUCAAACGAAUCAAGUCCGCUGUUGUGCGGUGCCGACAAAGACAGUGACGUUGGUUACAAACAUUACAUUACAUACGGCGGUAUAUGUUCAGGCGUAUCCGGAGUUUGGGGUUGCGAUUCCCAAGUUGCCGUUUCCUGUUUGGAACCAUCGAUUAAUGCGAUAGAAGAAAGGCCUGAUGAUGACGAAAUCGUGGAGAAUACAGACGUUUUGACGUGUUCACCAAAUACACGGCUUUACAGAUAUGGUCUACUUGUGUUCUUGUGUAUUGCAGGUUUAUGUGAAUACAUCACCAGUGAAAGUCCGUCGGCACUUCAGAAGCACGUGGUAAAAGACAUUGACAUCUCCGAGACGCAGUACAUGGGCUUUUACUCCACCGUCCAGUGGGCGGAAAUCAUCUCAAGUCUCGCGGGGGGCUUUAUAGUGGACCGGAUUGGCAACCCCAUCAGUCUGGUUACCUCCGCCGGAUUGAUCACAAUCGCGCAAACGAUAUUUGCCGUAGGGGCUCUUCUCCGAAACUAUGGAACGAUGUUGGGCGCUCGCAUAUUCCUCGGGCUCGUAUCAAGUACUUUGGUGAUCGCUUGUGACAACUUGGUCGUGAAAUGGUUCCACAUGAAGGAAUUGAACAUGGUGCUGGGUUUGAAAAUCAGCUUUGCCCGAGCGAGUAGCGUUAUGACACUUAAUAUGAUGGACCCCAUAUAUCAACAACUGUUGACUCGCAAUGUGCCAUGGAAAGCUCUAGGAUUUACCUUGUUAGCAGGCAGUUGUAUAGCAGUGUUGUCGACGUUAUGUUCUGUGUUAGUUGCGAUCAUGGACAAACGAGCAGACAAACUAGGGUUCAACAAGAAUAACAGCAACGAUGAAAAUGACAACAAGAAAGAGACAGAGGAGAACCAAUCUAUGACCACGUGUUCAGACGUGCGACGCUUCCCAGCCUCGUUCUGGCUCAUUGGUAUCAGUGCAUCUCUCUACUACAUGCAGUUGUUUCCUUUCGUUGCCCAGGGAGAGCUGUACUUUGUAAAGAAAUACGACCGAUCCCUGGAUGGAGCGAACGCAAUCAAUAGCAUUGUUUUCCUCGUCGGGGCAGUGACGAUACCGCUUUUUGGAGCCGCAAUUGACAAAGUGGGCCGAAAUCUUAUCUGGAUGUUGACCGGACUGUUCCUCUCUUUGGCCAGUCACCUUUUACUCACAUUCACAUUUGUAGAACCGUACGCAUGCACGGUUUUAUUGGGACUCGGUUAUUCACUGGUUGUGACCACUUGGCAGCCGCUUGUAACGUAUGUUAUAGCGCCCAGUCAUCUGGGAACUGCGUUUGGCAUUGCGUUUACAAUAAACUCAGCGUGUCAGGCCGUGAACGCCUAUAUUACAGGCUACAUUGUAGAUAACAUGGGCUAUUUUGUGCUGGAGGUCUUCUUUAUUAUGUGCACCACUUGUUCGAUAGUAUUCACCUUAUUGCUGUAUUUGAGAGACGCAUCUUCAGGAAAGACAUUAAACCUUACCGCAAAAGAGCGAAGUCGGAAAACAAAGUAAAGUACUUGCCUUCGACAGCGGCAGGUAGGACACUAUACCUUACCAUUGGAGAGCAAAGCCGCAAUACAAAAUAAUGUAGCAGCCUUACACAAGCGCUGGGACGACCUUAACCCAUUUAUGCCUAGUGGACUCUCCCAUCCAUCUAAAUUGGAUCAAUUUAUUUCCAAAAUUAUGGAUGUCUAGUAUAUUUAUUUCUAUAUUUAGAAUAUUUGUUACAGUCAUUCUUUUUAGCAAACAGCGCAGACCCUGAUGAGACGCCGCAUCAUGCGGCGUUUCAUCUGGGUCUACGCUGUUUGCCAAGGCCUUCUUUCUAGACGCUAGGCAUAAAUGGGUUAACACUUACAAAAAGAGAGAGAAAUCACGAAACAAACUUAAGUACUAGCCUUUCAUAACGGUACGGAGGACAUUAAUAUACCGUUAGAUAUUGAAAUAAAAUAAAGUAGUAGCCUUCAAAAAUGGCUGGGACGACAUUAAAUCUUACAUAAAAGAGUGAACUCGCAAAUUAAAAUAAAGUACUUGCAUUCAACAACGACAGAAUAGACAUUAAAACUUAUAAUUAGAUAGCUAAUUCGCAAAGCAAACUAAAGUACUUGCCUUCCACAGUAACGGAACGCAAUUACCUUAACCCAUUUAUGCCUAGCGUCUAGAAAAAAGGCAUUCGCAAACAGCGUAGACCCUGAUGAGACGCCGCAUGAUGCGGCGUCUUAUCAGGGUCUGCGCUGUUUGCUUGAAGGAAUUUCUGUAAGAAAUAUUCUAAAUAUAGAAAUAAAUAUACAAGAAAUCCCUAAUUAUGGAAAUAAAUUGAUCCAAAUUAGAAGGAUGGAAGAGUCCACUAGGCAUAAAUGGGUAAAAGCGUGAUUUAAGCAUUAAACAGCUGAGUACUUGUUAAGUUUUAGUGGUACUAGAUUUUUGUGUUCGUUAAACUUGUAUAUAUAUUUUUCCCCAGAAGAAUAAUAACUCGUUGUUAUUUUCAGCAUUCGUUUGCAUGUGUUCCACGUGCGUUUUAUAUUGCCCUGUUUUAUAUUUACUGUAUAAAUUAUUGAUUUAAAUAUUCAAUUUAAUCAUAUAAUUUGGUUUAUACUUGUACAUGACUGUUACAUAUUUAAGCUGAAUUAGAUAUGUGAUUGUUUUAAGAUUGUUCUUUUACAAUUAUUGCUCAUUUUUGUAUUGCAUUUUAACACUUUUUACUGCCGUAUAUCAAAGGUAUAUGUUAAGCUGUUUUUAUGUCGAAUAAUAUCGAUGUAAGUCUUUUUUUUAAUUAUAUCAUUCAAAACUGCUUCAUUAUAUUUUGCGUGCAAUUAAUAAACACAGUUCAUAAGUUGUAACGAAAGCUUCAAAUACAAUCAUCAAAGUUUUGACUUAAAACGGCCAACCCGUAUCAAAGGGUACCUUGAACCUUGCUAUAAAUGAUAAGAUAUUAACAAGAAAAAUUCUGUACGGGGGUUUCAAUCACCCAAUGUCAGCUGAUCCGACUCGAAGUCUUUGUUAUUCAACGAUGCCAAACUGAUGAAUAGUUAACAAACCAUUUUGACAGAUGUUUACACACUUUCAAGGCUAAGAACUUUUGUCGUAACAGUAUAAACUUAGCACCACUUACUCUAUUAAAAUUCUGUUUUGCAUUAAGAAUAAUUUACCACGCUAUGAAUUUGUAGAUUGUAUUUCAUUAUUUUAACAGAUGAGAUAGAAUCUAAUCAGUAUUGUUUCCUUAACGCGAAUGUUGUCAGUUUUACAU